CGCCUCUGCAGUGUCUGCUGCAAGCUCGGUGGCUGCUUGCGGCCGCAGGGACCGGCAGAGGCACCCCGCCCUCCUUCCCGCCCGGAGCGCUCGAAUCCUAGCUGGCCGGUGCCUCUGAGGACCGAGUAAACUUUGAAGGACAAAAUAGAAGAACAAAAUGGAAAAUAUGCUCUUUUGGUUGGUAUUUUUCACCCCUGCAUGGACUUUCAUUGACGGAUCUGAAAUGGAGCAGAAUUUUAUGUGGCACUUAAGUAAAGUUCCCCGGGUUGUGAGUGAAAGCACCUUCUACCUCACCAGCCCCUGGUUUGAGGCAGAUGCCAAGAUGGUGACAAACAGAAUGUGUGGCAUCGAGUGCCAGAAGGAACAGCCUGCUCCCAGCCUUUCUGAGUUGGAGGAUUCUCUUUCAUACGAGACGGCCUUUGAGAAUGGUACCCGAACCCUAACCAGGGUAAAAGUUCAAGGCUUGGUCCUGGAGCCCACUCGGAAUAGCACCGCCAAAGCAGCCCCCGUUAGGAGAAAGAGACAGGUGUACGGCACAGACAGCAGGUUCAACAUUCUGGACAAGAGGUUCUCAACUAACUUCCCCUUCAGCACAGCCGUGAAGCUCUCCACCGGCUGCAGCGGUGUUCUCGUUUCCCCUACUCACGUCCUGACAGCUGCCCACUGUGUCCAUAACGGCAAGGAUUAUGUGAAGGGCAGUAAAAAGCUAAGGGUAGGAUUGCUGAAAAUGAGAAAUAAAGGCAGCGGCAAAAAGCGUAGAGGUUCUAAGAGGAACAGGAGGGAAGCUAAUGGUGGUAACCAAAGAGAAGCAACCAAAGAGAGUCUAGAGGAGAGAAUUCAGGGCGGAAGAAGAAAGAAAGAAUUCGGUGGGGGUCAGAGAGGAGCAGAAGGGAGGCCCUCCUUCCAGUGGACCCGAAUCAAAAGGACCUACAUUCCGAAGGGCUGGGCAAGAGAAGGCAGUGCUGACCCUGCCCUGGACUAUGAUUAUGCUCUCCUGGAGCUGAAGCGCGCUCACAAGAAGAAAUACAUGGAGCUGGGAAUCAGUCCAGCUGUCAAGAAGGUGCCUGGCAGGAUGAUCCACUUCUCUGGAUUUGACAGCGACAGGGCUGAUCAGUUGGUCUACAGGUUUUGUAGCGUGUCUGACGAGUCCAGUGAUCUCCUCUAUCAGUAUUGCGAUGCAGAGUCAGGCUCCGCUGGCUCCGGGGUCUAUCUGCGUCUGAAAGAGCCAGACAAAAAGAAGUGGAAGCGCAGAAUCAUCGCCAUCUACGCCGGCCAUCAGUGGGUGGAUGUGCACGGUGUGCAGAAGGACUACAACGUGGCUGUGCGCGUCACUCCCCUGAAGUACGCCCAGAUCUGCCUCUGGAUCCACGGAAACAAUGCAGACUGUGCUCUUGGCUAGGAGAAAGCUGGAAGAGAGUUUACAUAUCAUCUAAAUUGCAGAAAAAAGCCUGUUCUGAUUAAGGAGGUCGCCUCAUAGGUUAUACCUGACCUUGAGCCUAUCAACAGCAUUUCAGCAUUUUUACAAAUUUACUUUUUCAAAAUUAGGAUACGUUCACACAUUUAAAAAUGUUUAGGGACAGAUAUUGAAACAUCAGAUGGGUGCCUCAAUGCUAAGUAUAUUCUUUUUACACAGUGGUAAGUUUUAUUUGCAAGAAGACUUUUAUAGCCUUUGUCUUCCUAGAAAUUAGACACUUUGAAAAAGCUUCAUCCUGCUACCAUAAAACAUGAUUUCUUAGUGGACUUAGUAAAAGAAGAAUCCAACAGGAUAGUACUUGUGUGUAAAAUGUGAAACUGCACAUACAAAAGUAGACAGGAAUGCAAUUAGACUCAAGAAUGAGAGGAAGAUUAACAGUUCGUAUUGCUCUCAGAUGGAUUCAUUCAGCUCAGGCCCUCCGUGUUUUUAGUUUUUUGUUGGGUCUGAGAAAUCUAGGCUUUUGUUUUUUAAAAAGAGCUACACAUCAGAAGAAGUGGCAAACUUUGUAAACAAAAAUAUUGCUUUUAAAAAGAGAAAUUGUAGCAUCUAUUUAAAAUGGGAUA